CCAGAACUUGUUCGGAGUUUAUUUUCCGAGCGAACCUUCAACCGUGCGGGUGUGCGUUGCUCUGUGUCGCGUGUCUUGGACGAGCAAGUAGAAGACUGUACAGAAACAAAAAAAAAAACAAACGUCAGCGAACCAACAUUUAUUAAGGUUCAAGUUGUGACGGACGAGAAGAUUUCGGUGGACAGUGAUUUGUGGUUCGAAAGUGUUCGUAGUGCAGUUUUGUCUUAUUCAGAAUUGAACAACAAGAAAAAAACAAAAAUCAAUGAGUGCAUCAGUUGCAUCGGCAGUACACUGAGAAGACUUACGAGUGAGAAUCGUGGUGGGACGAGUGCAAAAAUUGAACGUGGAUUCCAUUCAAACAACAACUGUUCCUGUUGUGUGAAGUUUUACAAGUGUUCCUGCUGUGUGUCGGUGUUUGUGUGAGCCGCUGAGGCCAAGUGCAACGUUGCAAUCCGUUCGAAAGUGCACUGCCAUCACCACCACCACCCUCCUGCACGCAUAAAAUGACCGCCGAUCUAAUGGAUUUACGGAUGCACCAUCACCUAGCGCUCCAGACGGAGUUCUACCGGAUGCAGAUGCAGCGUUUGCCAGAUCCGUAUCCGGCGAUGCUACCGGUUCCACCGCCCCGACCACUGAUGAUACCGCCGCGCUACAACACCCUGCCGGAUGUGGACAUCAAGCUGCAGAACCGCGAUCUCUGGAGUCAGUUCCACAAGAUCGGUACCGAGAUGAUCAUCACCAAGAGUGGCCGACGUAUGUUUCCCUCGAUGCGACUGUCCGUUAAUGGGUUGGAAGCGGAGGAGAACUACUUCAUACUGCUCGAGAUGGUCCCAAUCAGUGACUGUCGGUUCAAGUUCAGCGGAUCCCAGUGGGUGCCGGCUGGUGGUGCCGAACCGCAGAGUCCCCAGCGUAUCUACUUUCAUCCGGAUGGGCCAGCACUCGGGUCCCACUGGACGUCGCAACCGAUCGUCUUCAACAAGGUGAAGCUUACCAACAAUACGCUGGACAGCAAUGGUCAUAUCGUCCUGACCAGCAUGCACAAAUACCAACCUCGUAUUCACGUCAUCAAAGCCUCAGAUGCUACCCAAAUCCCGUGGGCACCACAGCAAGCCUUCACCUUCCCCGAGACGGAGUUCGUCGCUGUAACUGCCUAUCAGAAUGAUCGCAUCACGAAACUGAAGAUCGACAAUAACCCAUUCGCGAAAGGAUUCCGGGAGACGGGCCAGUCACGGUGCAAGCGCAAGGCAGGACUCCUCAUGUCACCCGACUCCGGCCUUGGAAGCCGCAGCUCGGAGGAGGACGAUGAGUCUGACGGGCAGGAAACGGGCCCGGAAGCAAAGCGUCCUCGCACCAGCAGCCUUGCCGGUUCCCUGUCCUCCUUGGACGACAGUGAACUCUCCGUCAGUGAUGGAUCGUCCAGUGGGACGAGCUCACCGCUAGUGGUGGAUGACUUCGGAUCUCCGGUGCGUCCUUCACCUUCUUCCAUGGCGGCAAGUGCAUUCUACCAGAACCACCAUCCGGCGAUGCACGCUGGACUGUUUGCCGCCCAGCAUCCUCACCAUCUGUCCCACGGCCAUCCGAUGCUACCGCAACCCGGUGGAGGCUCCUGGAUGGACCUCAUGUUCCCUUCGUUCGCCCGUUCACAGACGGGCGGAGGAUCGCCCAGUCUGGAACAGAGCGCGCUCGUGCAGGCAGCUCAGCAGCUGCAACAGUUUGCACGCCGUGAGUUCCUUCCCCUCCCAGUUCCCUCACCCCGGACACCCACCAUCAACAGCAGCAGCAGUGAGGAGGAUAGCCCAAACAAAAAGCACCAGCAGCAGCAGCAGCAGCAGCAGCAUCUUCCCCAGCAUCAACUCCCCUUCAGCAUCUCCGCCAUUCUCGGACAUGAUCGGUAGACGCUCGCGGGGUGUGAAUUGUUUGCACCAACAGCAUCAUCGGAGGUGAGUGGUUGUUGCUCGAAAGACUGCGUGCUCAUGGCUGUGAGCUGGCGAGGGGAUCCAUCCCCUAAACAGCCCCGAAAGAAAGAACAGUUACAGGGAGGGCAAACAUCUCCAUCUUCUGCAGCGUGCUCGACGGUUCGUGGCGUGUGUUUUUGUACUAAGUGACUGAGCAAACGAUGCGUGCCUGUGACUGGGCCGGAUCGAGCGGUGGAGGCAAUAGUGGACACCAUUGUUUGAUUGUAUGAUCCCGGUGAGCUUAGUAAGAACUUUACUUACGGGGGUGAGACACACCGGGUGGUGGAAGUGUGUCGGGUGCGAACAUUUGUUUGAAGGUGUAGAAGCAGAACGAAGCAGCGAGCGCAUUUGUGAGCGUUAAGCUCAAACAUCAGGGCAUCGGGUAGAAGCAGCGAGUGCAAUUGGUUAGAACGAAAUGCCAGGCGGUGUGGAAUGUGACCGUCCAGAAAUGGCCGUCUGCUGCCCUAUCCCCUGUCUAUUCGUUCUACAUUUUAUGUAAUACGAUCGAUCCAAAUUUCUUCAUCUCAAGGAAUAUUGUCAGACUGUUAAUUAUUUUUAAGGCCAAACACCUCCUCAGGACGUCAGGGAUACAAGGCGAAAACUGCUGUCUGGCAGACUUCUUAGGGCCGGUUGUAAGAUAGGAUUGAGCUUUGUUAGGAACCUCAUGCUUUUUUGGACGGUUCUAGUGUAUUAGGUUAGCAGACUAGCAAGCUAGAAUAAUUUAUUGGUGUCCCUCUUUAGGGAUGUAGAUAAUGCUAGGGAAUCUGAAUAGAGCUAAUGUGCGUACUGUGUCACGCCAUCUUAUUUGUUUUGUUUUGCUGUUAGGAAAGUAAGGAGAAAUCCAGUAAAAGAGUUAAAUGUAAGUGACUAUCUCAUUAGACGUUAAGGCGAGCAACCAACGAGAUGUAGCGAAAAGAAAUAAAUAGAAAUUAUAAAACAAUUAAAAAA